CCUGCGCUCUUUCCUGAAGCCCACUUGCUUUCGUUAAUCUUUUCAUGUUCGUUUCUAUCCUGAUCAACAUAUUACAGAACAAUUCAAUAUCUCAAGCACCCUUACAAUGACGCGCGCCCAGCAGACCCUCUCCGUCCUCCUCCUCGUCUCCUCUUUCUACCUAUCUCUCUACCUCGGACUUAUCCCACUGAACGAAACUAUACAACAAGAAAUCAUUCCUGUUCUACCUUUUUACGCCCUCAUAUCUUUCGGAUGCUACCUUCUCGGCCGCCUGGGUCUGGCGAUCUUCACUUUCCACGAUGUGCCUGAGGCGCACAAGGAGCUGCAGGGGGAGAUCGAGCAGGCCAAGGCUGAACUGCGCCGGGCAAAUGUUGACGUGGACUAAAUGCGAGAAUCGAACGAUAACUUUCUAUUAUAGCAUUUGAGGCGAGGCCUCUGGCCACUCAUAUGGGCGGCAUAGGUUCACGAGAGGUAAAGGAGAUAUUGUAAUAUAUACUACAAUGAUACGGUCUGUUUGCAUUUUGGCUGCAUACAGUAUCAUAAAAUGCGUAUGCCAGGUAUGUGUAGAUCGCAGAGUGAGAUUGUUUUUGUGGGAUCGUGCCUGGGCGUGAGAACUCAUAAAAAAGUGAAUGUUCCAAAAAGCGACCACGCAAAAAAAUGGUCUAUUCCCUGCAGGUAGAUAGAUCCUCUUAUGAAGAUAUGCUGAAGUGAUUGCUUUUAUCUAUAAAACCCAUUCGUAAAAGACGCCUGA